AUGGAUGUAGUGACGCCGCACAUCACCUCCGUGCUGAAGACAUACCAGGCGAGCGCUCCGCGCAGCCUCCAGGGCCCUGGGAGCGGGCGCGCCGAGCCGUCCGGCGAGGCGCCGCCGCCUCCACCGCCACCCGCCGCGCCGCCGAUCCUGCUGGCUGCCGACACGGUGCUCGGCGAGCGCGGCGAAACUCUUCUCGAAGGCGAACCCAUCUCCUGCUUCAGUGUAGGAGGCGAACGGAGGCUGUGUCUGCCGCAGAUACUCACGUCUGUGCUCACCGACUUUACACUGGAGCAAAUCAACCGCGUUUGCGACGAUCUGCAGAUUUACUGUUCUCGGUGCACCCCGGAGCAAUUGCACGAGCUCAAGUCCACGGGAGUGUUGCCCAAAUCGGCGCCGUCGUGUGGGCUAAUCACGCAAACGGACGCGGAACGGUUGUGCGCGGCGCUCCUGCACGGCCCGACGGCCUUGCGCCCGCACAAACUAUCGGGCUUCCGCGUAUACCACGAGUGCUUCGGAGGUGGGCGCGGCGUAUGCGCGCCCGACCAGAACUUAGUGCAGUGCUUGGAAUGUCGUAUGUUGUACACGCCGCGCCGGUUCAUAUGCCACUCGCACGGAACGGAGCAUCGCACGUGCCACUGGGGCUUCGACUCGUCUCGGUGGCGCCGCUUCCUGCUGGUGGCCGAAGAAGAGCAGGAUAAGGAGAAAUGUAAGGCGCUUCUGGACGACCUCGCCGAGCGGGAAACGCCCGCGUUGGCGCCAGUCGUCAUCAAACAACCCAGCCAGCCACUGAAAAGAAAACAGGUAUGUCAAAAUUUAAGUCACACUGUAAACACGGAUAAUUUUAAGGUUUUCUCUUUUUUCUACCGACUGAUACCUAUUAGUAAUAUAUAA